AUGGCUGAUGCUGUUAACGCUAUCCUAUCUCUAGUCGAACUUCACCCACCUGCAAUGGUGUUGUCUCUCGCAGCAGCUUCAUUCCGGGUUGGAAUGUGCAGGAGAUUUCGGCCCCAUUGGAUGAAGUACUCCUUCGCCAAUGACACGGAUUUGGCAUUUCCGUUGGGAGCAGUCGAGUCGGGCUCAGAUGGCCACGAACGAAUGAGCUGGGCGUGA